GGGUAUUCCAACUCGUAUCUGUGUCGGAAGGUCAAGGCAGAAACUUAAUACAAACUCAACAGAGGUUAAGAGUCACGAGACAUCAGGCAUUGUGCACCUGGGCUCCUCCCGACGAACAAGAUGCAGUAUCGAGGCAUUCCUAAAGUGUCUUUGGCAAUCAUGGUGCUUCUUCUAUAUACCGUGGAAGGACUGCAAGCUCAACCCGAAUCAAAUAUAAAACACAGUAAAGUUUUGAUUCUUGGAGCCGGGGCGUCAGGUUUGGCAGCUGCAAAGACUCUAAGUGAAAACAACAUCAACGACUUCAUCCUCUUGGAAGGCUCGGACAGAAUCGGUGGCAGAGUCAUGUCCAUUAAAUUUGGGGGAACCACUGUAGAAGCUGGGGCAAACUGGAUGGCUAUCCGGGAAGGCAAUCCGUUAUGGGAUGUCAUCCAGAAGUUCAAUGUGUCUGGGAAAUCGUCAGACUAUGAUAGUGUAGUCAUAAAAACAUAUGACGGCGUUGACGUCACGGCCUCUGAGGGUGAGUUGGCUUGGGAUAAACUGGCAAAAGCUAAGAUCAAAUCAGUAAGCGUCUUCCGGAAAAUUCGAGACCAAAAGACAGAUGACAUGUCCCUUCGCACAUGCCUUGAUAUCGGAAACUGGCAUCCUAAAACGCCAGUGGAAAAAACUGUGGAAAUUUUGGACUUCGACUUUGAAUAUGGAAUAAGCCCUGACGCUACUUCGUGUUAUUUUAGGGGCAUUUCAGACCGAGUUGAUAACAGUUUCUAUGUCCGUGAUGACAGAGGGUAUGAGUUCAUACUUAAGAAAUACGUGGAGAACGUACUUCAAGAGAACGACCAACGUAUUCGUCUGAACGAAACCGUUAAAACGAUCAACUACACUGACACCAACGCGUCUGUAACUACCGCAAGCGGGAAGAUCUUCACGGCUGACUUCGUGAUUGUUACUUUCAGUAUCGGAGUAUUGAAAAGCGGUUCUGUGACUUUCAUUCCUCCACUACCUGACUGGAAGAUGGACAACCUGUUCCGAAUCAGACUGGAGAACUACGUCAGCGUGUACCUUAAGUUUCCUGAGACAUCGGCAAGAUUCUGGGAUAACACUGAAUACAUCCUCUACGCAGACAAAACACGUGGCGUGUAUCCUGUUUGGCAGAACUUAGAAGCUGAAGGACUGUUCCCGGUUAGAACCAACAUUCUCCAGAUGGUGACCCAGGGAGAAGAGGCGAACAGAAUAAGUCAGCUCACUGACAGUGAUGUUAAGGACGAGGUGAUGGCGAUAUUGCGGAGAGUCUACGGUAAUGUAGCCGAACCUGAGGAUGUUUUCAUUCCGGACUGGAAGAACAAUCCAUUGUACAAGGGAUGCUUCUGCAACAUGGAAACAGGAACUCUUAGUCCCAAAGUAUUUGAUGCUAUAAGAGCACCAGUCGGGAGGAUCUACUUCGCUGGGGAAGCGUUUGGUUGGAAUGUGUCUUGUUAUGUUACUGGUGCUGUUGAAAGCGGAAUCCACACGGCUACUAAGGUAACUGAAUGUUCGAAAGGAACGUGCGAGGUUUAUGAUCCGAGAGAGCCAGGUCCGAGUACCGAGUCCCCGACGGUUGCAGCAUGUCCAUCGGGUGGGUUUCGACAGGACGGAGACAUAAGAAGAAUGGCCGUGCUUGUGGGCAUCGUGGUGCUUAUUGUUUCAUGUACAUAGUAACUGUAGGAUGGGUGGAUACAGGUGGACUGAAGACGUUCACAUACCAUCAUUCUACCAUAUGGAAACAGCUAUCAUCCAACAUAUAUAUUCUGAAUACUUGUUGUGAAUGACUUAGUUGAUAUUUCGAAUGCAUGUUAGUAUUAUAUGCUGAACCGCAAAAGAAACGUCACCCCAAGUAACAUUGCAUGAAAAGUUGUCAUUUGAAUAUUUAGGUAUUUUUUGUCAAAGUUUCUAAAAUUUAACAUUUUCUCGUCCGGAAUUGUUACCACAUGCCACUAUUGACAAGAAAUCAGCGACGCCAAGUCCUUGGACGAUUGCAAGCUGCAUAAAUCGCCCGGCAAGAAGCCAAUGCAUUUCAAAUCCACGUGAGGACCAUAUACAGACUCCAGCAACGGUACGAGACCACCAACACUACAGAUGACCGACCAUGUAGUGGAAGACCAAAGGUCACCACCCGACGUCAGGAUCGUCAGAUUGUGCGACAGCAUCUUCAAGAUCGCUUUGUUAUGACCGCGGAAACUGCUCGAGAGACCAUGGGGACACACCAGCGACACAUUAGUGAGGACACUGUCCGUCGAUGAUUGACGAACAGACACCUCCACUGUCACAGGCCACACCCAGGACCGAUUCUGACACUACGUCAAUCGCCGGGACCGUUUGCAGUGGGCAACACAGCACCAGCAUUGGCGCCACCAGCAGUGGAGAAGAGUCCUCUUCUCAGAUGAGAGUCGUUACUGUAUCUCAAUAGCAGAUGGGAGAGAGAGGGAGAGUCUGGCGACGCCGUGGGGAACGUUAUUCGGAUGCUUGUGCUGUUGAGAGAGACUCGUUGUGUUGUCCGAGCAUCAUUGUGUGGGGUGGAAUUAGUCUUGCACAGAGGGUCGGCACUGUGGUCUUCCAGAACAUCGGUCCAGGGAGAGGCAAUGGUGUCACAGCAGCUCGCCACAUUGAUCAAGUCUUG